AUGAGGUUAGGUUUCUGGUGUUUCAGUGGACUUUCUGGACUUCCCGGACUUUCUGGACUUUCCGGGCUUCCCGGACUUUCUGGACUUCCCGGACCUUCCGGACUUCCCGGAUCUUCCGGACUUCCUGGACUUUCUGGACUUCCCGGAGUUCCCGGACUUCCCGGACUUUCCGGAAAGUCCAGAAAGUCCAGGAAGUCCAGAAAGUCCGGGAAGUCCAGAAAGCCCUGCGGAAAGUCCCGAAAGUCUGGGAAGUCCAGAAAGUCCAGAAAGUCCGGGAAGUCCAGAAAGUUCAGAAAGUCCGGGAAGUCCAGAAAGUUCAGAAAGUCCGGGAAGUCUAGAAAGUUCAGAAAGUCCAGAGAGUGCACAGAAACAUCGGAGAGUCCAUAG